UGGGCUCUCCAACUUCCCGGGGAUUUGCUGUUUCGUAACAUUUCAGUCCCUACGACCAUUAAAAAAAAAAAAAGUGCCGGCGCCGUGCGCGGUCUCCUGACCCCACCUGAGCUGCGGCUUCCGUGCGGACGCAGCGCCCAGGGCCCAGCGGGCGGCGGGCACCCUGCUUCGAUUCCUUUCCAUUUCAAGGAGAGAAGUCAAGAUAUUAUUACCCAGUGAAAAAAUGAUGUAGUUUCAUCAUAACCUUCUUUUCCUGUACUUCCAGGGGACGUUGACUGGUCCUUCAGCAGCAACCCGCCUGUGGGGUUUCCAGCACUCAGAAGCAGGGCCUGGCACCUGGAGGCACCGAAGGAAGCAAUGGAUGGGUUCCCUCUGGAAGGCUAUGAUGGGAAUGAGCGUGACAACUUGGACGGUUCCCCUGACUCGUGGCCUCUGCCUGGAAGUUCAUCCUUUAGAAGUCAGGAAACUGCUGCCCUUGGUGGUGGACUCCCGGGAACAAGACGCGGUGUAGACCGAAAUGGAUGAGAGCAGCUCGGGGACCCCCGGACGUGUGCUCCCCGUGGUCUAGUCCAGGGACGCCCCUCGCGGGCCGGGUGGUCUGGGAUGAACGCCGCGGCUGCUGGACGCGUGGCUGAUCCCUGAGCGAGGAUGGUGCGCCGGGGGCUGCUCGCGUGGGUCUCCCGGGUGGUGGUCUUGCUUGUGCUCCUCUGCUGCGUCGUCUCUGUCCUCUACAUGCUGGCCUGCACGCCGAGGGGCGACGACGAGCAGCUGGGGCUGCCCAGGGCCAGCGGCCCCACGGGGAAGGACGGGUACCAGGCAGCGAUGCAACAGCGGGAGGAGCAUCACCGCGACGACAUCAGCAGCCUCAAGAGGCAAAUUGCGCGGCUCCAGGAGGAGCUGCAGGAGAGGAGCGAGCAGCUCAGGACCGCGCAGCAUCUGGCGGGGGGCCCUGCGGGCGCCCCCGGCAGGGCCCAGGCCGACCUGCUGGCCUUCCUACGCUCCCAGGUGGACAGGGCAGAGGUGCACAGUGGCGUCAAGCAGGCCACCGAGUAUGCCGCUGUGCCCUUUGACAGCUUCACCCUGCACAAAGUGUACCAGCUGGAGACGGGCCUGACCCGCCACCCCGAGGAGAAGCCCGUGCGCAAGGACAAGCGGGAUGAGCUGGUGGAGGUCAUCCAGCUGGCCGUGGACGCCCUGAACAGCCCGGCCGAGAGCGGCCCCGACCAGCGUCCUUACACGGCCUCGGACUUCAUCGAAGACGCUGCUGCCCGCGUUCCUGCUUCUUCCUUUGCUCUGAGGGGUUCGUGUUGGGAACGGAAGGCGACCUCGAGGGAGGAAACAGCUUCCCUGGGUCUCGGUGUGCUCGUCUGUAAAAGGAGAGGCUGGACUAGACCAUGUCCGGGGGCACACGUGUCACGGGCCAGGAGAGCAGCUCCACACAGAGGGAUCUACCGCACAGAAAAGGAUAAAGGCACUUUGUACGAGCUCACGUUCAGAGGGGACCACAAGCACGAGUUCAGACGCCUUGUGUUGUUCCGACCGUUUGGCCCCAUCAUGAAGGUGAAGAAGGAGGAGCUGAACAUGGCCGGCACGCUGGUCAAUGUCAUCGUCCCACUGGCCAGGAGGGUGGACAAGUUCCGGCAGUUCAUGCAGAAUUUCAGGGAGAUGUGCAUCCAGCAGGAUGGGAGAGUUCAUCUCACCGUCGUUUACUUUGGAAAAGAAGAAAUGAAUGAGGUCAAAGGAAUACUUGAAAACACUUCCAAAGCUGCCAACUUCAGGAACUUCACCUUCAUCCAGCUGAAUGGGGAGUUCUCUCGGGGAAAGGGGCUGGACGUGGGUGCCCGCUCCUGGACGGGCCGCAACGUGCUGCUCUUCUUCUGCGACGUGGACAUCUACUUCACCUCCGAGCUCCUCAACACCUGCAGGCUGAACACGCAGCCAGGGAAGAAGGUAUUUUAUCCGGUCCUUUUCAGUCAGUACAAUCCUGGCAUAAUAUACGGCCAUCAUGACUCGAUCCCUCCCUUAGAAAAGCAGCUGGUCAUAAAGAAGGAAACUGGGUUCUGGAGAGACUUCGGGUUCGGGAUGACGUGCCAGUACCGGUCCGACUUCAUCAACAUAGGUGGGUUCGACCUGGACAUCAAAGGCUGGGGUGGCGAGGACGUGCACCUUUACCGCAAGUACCUGCACAGCAACCUCAUCGUGGUGCGGACGCCCGUGCGGGGCCUCUUCCACCUGUGGCACGAGAAGCGCUGCGUGGACGAGCUGACGCCCGAGCAGUACAAGAUGUGCAUGCAGUCCAAGGCCAUGAAUGAGGCGUCCCACGGGCAGCUGGGGAUGCUGGUCUUCAGGCACGAGAUAGAGGCCCACCUCCGCAAACAGAAACAGGAGACAAGGAGCCAAAACACAUGAGCUCCCAGGGGCCCCUGUGGGGAGACCGUUUAUUUUUUUCCUUUUGCAAUUACUAAAUGAAUGGCUGCAACAAGGAAAAGAUUGCCCUGAAGGGCAAGAAGAGAAUUUGACUGAUGAAAAGAAUUUGAUUAGUAAAGCAGGUGAGGGGAGAGCCUCCUGUUUCCCUCUGCCUGUUUAGCUUCUGCAACAGGAACCAAAACCUGGCCUGCAGAAACAGCCCAAACGCACCCGUCCGGUGUCUGACAAAGGCUGCCUGAUCGUGAGAUUGUGAGCCUAAUGGUGUGUUUACAGCAAAGCAAGGGCUGUUUGUUUUCUAUGCUUACUGAAAUAUUCAUGAACGAAGACCAGUUUUGUAAAAAGUUCAUUAGAAUGGAAGGCCAGCACAUCCCUCCCCAUCUGAGUGAUUAUCAGCGGGGCUCUAGUGUCUGGGAUGCUGAAAUGUCAGGAGGCCUGUGAGGAGAGACCGUGUGAAAUUCAAAGAUACACUCAUCGUGAUCUUUGUGACUGUAUCAAGCAAAACCAAAUGGACUAAACACGAAAAAACAACCAUAGCUAUUGUAUCAUCUCCGCCCAAGAUUAACCAAAAAUAACCUGCUCAUCCAUCUUUUUGGUUGUAGUUUUAACAAUCUCUGUUAAUUUUAUUUAAAAUGCACUUUUUUGGCUUAUGAGUUAUAUUCUGCUUAUUUAAUUACCAGUUCGCAAGCCUUACUAAGAGAGCAUAAGUUAGCUACCUUUUUACAGUUUUUUGAGAAGAUACUUUUAGCUGCAUUAUGAGAACUUUCAGUUCAGAGAAUCGGAUUGUUACCCACAUCCGAGGACGUGGCAGGCACUGACCCUGCGGGCACUGGACGGCAGACGGUCAUCGUGGGGAAGGCGUGGCCUGGGGCUACUGGCUGAACGAGACACACGGAUACUUUAUCUGAAGAGUAUUUCCGGAGAGGAGCAACUGAACACUGGAGGGAAGGGAAAAUGUACUUUUUACCUUAACAGAAAAGGGAACAUUCAGACUGGUGAUAGAAGUCAGAAAACACAUUUUCUCCUCAGGGGAACUGGGGACCACUUUCUUACCUGUUUAAAUAAACCAAAGCAGACUGUGUGAACCAAACAUUCUCUUUUCCAAGCAGGGUGCUGUUCCUGGCUUCUAGCUUCCACGAGAAGAAACGCAGGAAAAUGUCUUUUGUGAAAGGUCACUCCAUCUGCCAGCAUCCAGCGGGACGGAGGAUUGUGCUGUGUGUUCACCCACCCCAGCCAAGGGGCAGUAACUAAUUAUUUUUUAAAUUAAGCUGUUCUACCCAGUCAACCAAGAUGCUUCUGAAAAUCGCCUUUUAUUAUAGUUUCCAACUAUUUAAAAAAAAAUAAACGCAGUUAACAUUGA